UUUCAAUUGGAGUAAUUAAAAAUGGUGUAAAAUUAUAAGAAAUCCGAAUUUUUUUGAAAGUAGGCAAUAUAUCCGAAAAAUAAAUGCAACCAAAAUAAAACUCUUUUGCCAAAACUUUGAUUAAAUAACCUUUUUACAGUUUAUUUUGUUUUCAGGCUUAGAUAGCUAUUACAUUUUAAGAAAACAUCAUGUCUUUGUGACAGUUGCUAAAAAUGUCAGCUUCAUCAAAAUUAAUAAUUCAUAAAUUUGAGGCAUCUGGCGUUAAUUACAAAUCAUUACAUAUUACAAUCGAUGAAGAGGAUAGUUGCACGCUUGCGGUUAAAUAUGGUGAAUGGCUGGAUGGGAAAAUACAAGAGAAAAAGAAAGACCCUGAUAAGUCUUCACGCUUAGUUGUAAAAAUAGUUACUGGAAAUGAAUUUGAUGUGUUUGAUUUGGAUUCCACUGCAAAGGAAAUAGAUGCUACUGAAAAUUAUACAAUCAAUAAUUUUUCGGACUCCUUAGUACUACAUAAACCUGAACUUUACUACAAAUAUGGUGAUAAAGUACAUGAUACAGAGAGCAGCAAUAAAGAAGAAUCAAGAAAUCUAGUAAUUUCAAAUCAACAAACAUUACAGAACAAUAUAUGUUUCAAAAAUGAUAUAACAUUACAAUUUUAUGUUAAAAAUAAAUGUAAACUAUCAGGAAACUAUUUGAGUCCUUUGGAACACAGUCUUGAGAAAGUAAAAGAAAAUAAUGCUCGUAUUAUGGAAAAUAUUCACAUGCUGAAUAGAACUUUAAACUAUACGAAAAAGAAAGAGAUACUUGACAUUGUUUGUCCAAAAUCAAUGAGAUCAUUUCCUUGCAACACAUGCGGAAAAUGUUUUGUUUAUGAAACGGGGUUACGGCGACAUUAUUCUAUGAGACAUGCGAUGACGGAAGCGCAACCUCGUUGGCAGGUCGUGUGGACAUGUAUUCAGUGCUUUCAAGUUUGGCCGCGACAAGAUCAGGCACUCAAACAUUCCAGUGAAUGUUGCAAAUCAAACAACGCAGAUUGUGUCCGAGAGAUAAAAACUUCCUCACUGCUACAAUGCGAAUUUUGUGAAAAAGUUUAUACAAGUAUUCCUAGACUACUGCGACAUUCUAAAAUUCAUACUACAGCAAACAAUUACGAAUGUAAUGCAUGCGGUAUGGCAUUUUUGUCAUAUAAAACAGCUGAACAGCAUUGGAUUUUAUGCCCUUGGUUGAAUAUGUAUUACAGCUUUUCUUUACCGAAGUUAUUGCUAUGUAAUGCAUGUGAUCGAAAAUUCAGGAAUUAUGAACAGCUAUAUAAUCAUAGGUAUAAAGUUGGCCACUUCAUGACCAAAACACAUUGCAAUCAAGGCAGUGCAAAAUCUUUGGGUAUAUUGGUAUAUCAAUGUGAGAUAUGUGGUCAAUGGUAUCCUUCUAUAGCACCAUUGAGAGCCCAUAAAAAUCAAUACCAUCCGAAACAUGAAAUUGGAAUGCAAUGCAGAAUGGAUAAGACCUUCAAAGAUGGUCAGAACUUCUUUAUGGCAAGUGAUAAUUUUUAUGUGAAUCAGAAUGAAGAGAUAAUUAAGCCUCAAGAACAACAAUAAAUAUAAUUUGUAAUGUUAGUGUAGUUGAAGUGUUAAUUGCAUUUUGUAAUAAAAUAAAGUAAGAAUAAUGUA